AUGACGUUGACGACGUCUCUCCAGGCUCAGCACGAUGCGGCUCAAUCUACCAUUCUGAACCUACAAGCAAAAGUUGUCGAGCUAGAGGACAAAGUGAAGACGUCUCAGACCGGACAGGAAGAGGUUAUCUCCGCCUCCAUCUCAGCUGCCACAGCUGUCGUUGCCUCUGCGUUUGCGGCCAGGGACGCCCAAACGCCGGCAAAAUCGGAUACUGAGAACGGGACGCUAGAGCAGUUAAUGACAGACUGGAAGAAGAAUGUAGACGGGCAGUGGAGUAGCAUGCGCAAGGAGUGGUCUGAGGAGCGUGCUUGGUUGGCCAAGGCGAGCGAGGAAUGGGAGACGAAAAUCAAGCUGACUCGAAGCUUACCGCCCUUACCACCGUGA